AUGGAUCAACUGCCGAAUGAAUUGCUUCUUUCCAUUGGGAAGCAUACACAGCAAAGUCGCUGCCCCCAGUCAACCCUGCAUUCCCUGAGCCGUUGCUGCCGGCGAUUCCAUGAUAUCUUCUCACCUUUGAUAUAUUCAUACAUCUCUUCGGACACAUUUUCCAAGAAGUUUAUCCACUUUAUCAUACGUAUAUGGAGACAGCCAAAGCUCGCCAGGCAAGUCCAUCGAUUGGACCUGUGCUGGACACAAUGUGACCAGAAUGACCCACUGGAAGUGGACAACGAAAUAGGCAGCUUCAUUGAGGGUGCACUGGAUGAAAUAUUCCCUGCGGCAGAGCACGAGCAAAGAGAACUGUGGAGAGAGCAUCUUUAUGGAGAGGAGGGACUUUGUGCAGAAGCAUGGUUGGGUGUUUUGCUUGUCCGGCUAACCAACCUCCAAAUCAUCGAGUUCGAGCACGAACAUUCCGACCUCAUCUCUGAUAUCUUGCUCAAGGCCGUGAAGCGUCAGCAACCAUUCCAUCGGGGUUCUCCAUUCCCUCGCCUAGAGGAAGUCCGAGCAUGUGUUGCCUGGGGGGCUUCAUGGAUCGACUCGGACUUCUUGACGCCAUUCUUUUAUUUCCCUGCCGUUCGACAAGAGGGCUAUUGGUGCCGCGGUAUGCUUGAUUGGCUGGCGUUGUGUACGGGUCUUGAGCAGAUCUCUAUUGGUGUCGAGUUACAGGCGGACGAGUAUGAGAUUGAUGAUGAGGAGGCUUUCAACGCUGCAAAUUUUCAUGUCGCCAUUCUUCCUUUUGUCACAACUCUCAAGGCUCUGCGUAUCUGCUAUGGAGAUUCCUACAAAGAUCAAUUGGAAGAGAUGGAAGCUGUGGAAACUCCGUUCGGGUCGUUCAAAGCCUUUACUGUUUUGGAACAGCUUACAGUCCGACACGACCACCUAAUGAGGCUGCCUUGUGAUCACAAUAACCAUUCGGAUCUGGAGUCACUUUCCGAAACCCUGCCGCACUCACUCGUGAGCCUGGAAGUCACAGACGUAAUGAUUGAUUAUCACCUCCAGCUACAAUCAGAGCUCUCAAAACUGGUGCUUCGGAGACGCGUUUUUGCUGAUCUUCAACGAAUAGCGCUCUGCAUUCAAAGCGAAGAUGGAGAGGGGUUGAAUGGUAUGUUUGAUAGCCUAAAGCUUGAAUGCCAAGCGGCGGGUAUCACUUUGAAAAUUGUAUAA